CUACUGUUGUGCCGGUACCUGCGGCCUCUGUGACCAUAGGAUGGAGGCCAUUGGUUGUGAUACCGUUUCACAUUUGAGGUCAUCUGAGGUCACUGCUAUUUCUCAAGAGAAGAGCCCAGAAGAAGAAAGAAUGGCUGUUGGACUUUUUAAAGCCAUGUACCAGGAGUUAGUAACCUUCAGAGAUGUGGCUGUAGACUUCUCCCAAGAGGAGUGGGAUUGUCUGGAUUCUUCUCAAAGGCAUUUGUACAGUAAUGUGAUGUUGGAGAAUUACAGGAUCUUGGUAUCACUGGGUCUUUGCUUUUCUAAGCCAAGUGUGAUAUUAUUGUUGGAACAAGGAAAAGAGCCAUGGAUGGUGAAGAGAGAGCUGACAAAUGGCUUGAGCUCAGGUUGGAAAUCUAUGUGUGAUACUGAAGAAUUAACACCAAAGCAGGAAUUUUAUGAGGAACAAUCAUCCCAGAAAAUAAUGGAAAAAUUUAGAAGCUGUGACCUUAAGUACUACAGUUUGAGACAAGACUGGAAAUGUGAGGACAGUUUUGAGAGGCAACCAGGAAAUCAAAAGGCAUGUUUUAAGGAAGAGACAAUCCUUUAUACAGAAGCCUUUGUUGAUGAAAGCAAUCAAGAUUAUAAUAAAUCAUGGAAGAGUUUCUACCAGAAUACACUGCUUCAUGCACAACAGAUAAUCCCCAAAGAGGAGAAAGUAUAUAAACAUGGCACACAAAAGAAAAGCUUUAAAGCAAAUUUAAUGACUAUUAAAUCCAAAAACGUCUAUGCAGAGAAAAAGCUUUUAAAAUGUAAUGAUUGUGAAAAAGUGUUCAGUCAGAGCUCAUCCCUUACUCUUCAUCAAAGAAUUCAUACUGGCGAGAAACCCUAUAAAUGUGUAGAAUGCGGAAAAGCCUUCAGCCAGAGAUCAAACCUUGUCCAACAUCACAGGAUUCACACUGGAGAAAAACCCUAUGAAUGUAAGGAAUGUAGGAAAGCUUUCAGUCAGAACGCACAUCUAGUUCAGCACCUGCGAGUUCAUACCGGAGAAAAACCUUAUGAAUGUAAGGUAUGUAGGAAAGCCUUCAGCCAAUUUGCUUACCUUGCGCAACAUCAGAGAGUUCAUACUGGAGAGAAACCCUAUGAAUGUAUUGAAUGUGGAAAAGCAUUUAGCAAUAGAUCAUCUAUUGCUCAACACCAGAGAGUCCAUACUGGAGAAAAACCAUACGAAUGUAAUGUCUGUGGGAAAGCAUUCAGCCUUCGUGCAUACCUUACUGUACAUCACAGAAUACAUACUGGAGAAAGGCCCUAUGAAUGUAAAGAAUGCGGGAAGGCCUUCAGCCAGAAUUCACAUCUUGCUCAACACCAGAGAAUACAUACUGGAGAAAAACCUUAUAAAUGCCAGGAAUGUAGGAAGGCCUUCAGCCAGAUUGCCUAUCUUGCUCAACAUCAAAGAGUUCAUACUGGAGAGAAGCCUUAUGAAUGUAUAAAAUGUGGGAAGGCUUUUAGCAAUGACUCAUCCCUUACUCAACACCAGAGAGUCCAUACUGGAGAAAAACCUUAUGAAUGUAAUGUUUGUGGGAAGGCUUUUAGUUACUGUGGAUCCCUUGCCCAACAUCAGAGAAUUCACACUGGAGAAAGACCCUAUGAAUGUAAAGAAUGCAAAAAAACCUUUAGGCAACAUGCACAUCUUGCUCAUCAUCAGAGAAUUCACAUUGGGGAGUCACUCUCACCACCGAAUCCGGCCAACCACCAAGUCCCUUACCUCUGCUUCCCAAGUAGCUGGAACUACAGGUCUCAACGCUUUUUCCCAGAAGAGGAGAAAAUGAUCGAGUACCAGCUUACAGAGAUACCUGUGUCAUUCAAAGAUGUGGUUGUGGGCUUCACCCAAGAAGAGUGGCACCGGCUAAAUCCUGCUCAGAGGGCCCUGUACCGAGAUGUGAUGCUGGAGACCUACAGCAAUCUGGUCUCAGUGGGUUAUGAAGGCACCAAACCAGAUGUGAUCCUCAGGCUGGAACAGGAAGAAGCACCAUGGAUUUGUGAGGCACCAUGCCUGGGCUGCUGCUGUCAGGAAGACAUCUGGCAAGUUGAUGUCCAGAGGAAGAGGCAGCAAGAUAUGUUUUUGAGGCAAGGUGCAUUCAUCAGCAAGAAAGCUUUGCCUCAGGGAAAAAUCCAUGAAUGUAAUAAGUUUGGGAAAAUAUCACUUUUGAGCACAGAUCUUUUUCCUUCAAUUCAAAGGCCCAAUAACUGGGAUCCUUGUGGAAAGAGUCUGAAUGAUAAUUUAAACUUGAUUGGUUUGAAGACAAACUAUGCAAAAAAACAAGAUGAGUGUUACGGAUAUGGGAAAUUGUUGCAAUGCAGCAACCAUGAUAAAAGAUCCAAUGGAGAAAAACCCUGGGGAUGCAGUCACUGUGAGAAAGCUUUCAGCCACAACCCAGCACUUAUAUAUAAAUCAGCAGUGACCAAUUCUCUUGUGUACAAACGAAAGAGGAUUCCACCUGCAGAAAAACCCCACGUCUGUAAUGAGUGUGGGAAAGCCUUCUGCUACAAGUCUGAAUUCAUUAGGCAUCAGAGAAGUCACACAGGGGAGAAGCCUUAUGGAUGCACUGACUGUGGGAAGGCCUUUUCACAUAAGUCAACCCUAAUUAAACACCAGAGAAUUCACACUGGGGUAAGACCCUUUGAAUGCUUUUUCUGUGGGAAAGCCUUUACCCAGAAGUCACACCGCACAGAACAUCAGAGAACACAUACAGGAGAGAGACCUUUUGUGUGCAGUGAAUGUGGGAAGUCAUUUGGUGAGAAAUCAUACCUCAAUGUACAUCGAAAAAUGCACACAGGAGAAAGACCCUAUUGUUGCAGAGAAUGUGGAAAAUGCUUCAGCCAGAAGUCAUGCCUCAAUAAACACUGGAGGACUCAUACAGGAGAAAAACCCUACGGGUGCAAUGAAUGUGGCAAAGCUUUCUACCAGAAGCCAAACCUAAGCAGACAUCAGAAAAUUCAUGCUAGAAAGAAUGCCUACAGGAAUGAAAACGUAAUGAUUGUGGGAAAACCUUGACCAUGAUACCCAGUUUCACUGGGUAUAGGAAUUUAUCCUUUAGAGAAAUCUCAACUUAAUGAAUUUAGGCAAAGUGUUUUAUUAAAAGAAAAGUCAUACUGCAAUUAUGAUACAAUUUUAAUGGAAAGAUUAUGGAAAUAUUUAUAAAACUGUAUAAAUGUUUACUCUGACAUAAAUUUUAAAAUGUAUUAAAUAGAAUAACAACAGAUUACAAAAUAUAUAAGAAAAGACUUAGAAGUAUAUGAUGAUACUUUCCUCAGUAACACAUAAUAAAUAUUUAUAUUUUGGAAUUGUUAACGUGAAUCACAUAAAUUCUGAAUAUCAAAUCUGUGUGUUACAUAGUACAUAGAAUGGCAUCCUCUCCAGUUUUUCUACCAUUUUCACCAUUAUUGCCAUUUUUGUUUGGUGUCUUAACUGUAUAAAAAGCAGUAACAACGUAAUGGCCAGCUACUUUAUGGCAGCAUAUUAUACAGCUACAUUUUCUCCACCUUGUUUGUAAUAAAUGUAAAUGGGCUUAACAGUUAUUUCUAAGCCCUUCUCUGAAUAAGAAAGCAAUGUUUUUAAUGUCAUUUGGUAUGCCAGCCAAAAGUUUAUUAAAGUUAUUUUAUUGGAAACACAUUAAAGCUAAGGAAUAAUUUAACUGCCUGAUUUUUUUUUUUUUUUUUUUUUUUUU